AUGGCACAAACGCUUCUAAAAAAGGCUAGCCAACAGUUCAUACGACUUUCUUCGUGCGAUUCGAAAAAUGCACUCGAACCGCCACCGGACUCUGAGUUAAAUGGCCCCGAAGACCCCGAUGUGCAGCAUGGCCGAAAACUCGACAACGUUGCCUCGAAAAGAUGGAAGCCUCUUCGCAGUGCUUUCAGAAAUUUGAGAAUCAUUAUCGAGACAUCAAAGGAUUCAAAACCACCCACGGAGGACCAAAUCAAGGCUCAUCAGUUGACAAAAUAUGCCUUACGACAUGGAUCCGCGGCGAAGAGCCCUAAUUCGAAGGAAACACUUCCAAAAUCGCAUCUGAACCCUGUAGCCAUGACCUCCAAUUCGACCUUGGUGAUUCGAACUACUCCAAAAAGGGCACGAAGUUCUCUUCAGCCAUUGAACAUCAUUUCAUUGAGUGACUUGGAAACCCCUUCUUGCUCUGAGGCAAGUGCUAUACCCUCAUCGUUUCAGGAAGAGUCAACAGCCAAGACAUCGAUUGAAUCUUCUCCUUCGCAGCAAUAUGAUGCAACAUCCGAUAGGCGCUACAAUAGGCGGAAUCCAUGGACUCGCUCCAGCCCUGAAGGUCGAGCACUCACCACUAUUCCAGAAGCUGGCGUAGUCCAGGCUCGACCCACGAUCGCUACUGUAGAGAGAGCCUCUGCUGCCAAGAUCUUUCUCGAGACUCAUUUCAACGAGCUUCUGUACAAGCCCAAUGCCAGGGCCUUGAGAAAUCAACAUCUUGAAGCUCAGUUGCGCAGCUGCUCGCUAAUGUCAUUAGAUGAAAAAGAGAAGAUUCGGGUGCAGUACAGAAUACAGGAAACCUGCCACUUGAGGGAGCUACGAGUAAUGAAAGCCAACUGUAUUGCUCAUAAGUUGAAGGAUGAUUCUAGGCUUUCGGUCAACAACUACGAACCGCUACAGAUUCUGGGCAAGGGAAGUUUUGGAGUGGUUAGAUUGGUACGCGAGAAGCCUGCUCCAGGCCAUGCUUUCCCAGGACAGGUGUAUGCCAUGAAGGUAAUUCGAAAGUCGGAGAUGAUACGGAACAGCCAAGAGGGUCAUCUCAGGGCCGAGAGAGACUUUCUUGUUGCCUCUGAAGGCUCACAGUGGGCUGUCCCAUUGAUUGCUAGCUUUCAGGACCCGGCAAGUCUCUAUCUGGUGAUGGAGUACAUGCCUGGCGGAGAUUUCCUUGGGCUACUGAUUCGACAAAACAUUUUGCAAGAACCCAUUGCGCAAUUCUAUAUUGCAGAGAUGAUCCUUGCUAUGGAAGAGGCCCAUCGCUUAAACAUCAUCCAUCGAGACAUCAAACCAGACAACUUUCUCAUAUCGGCGACUGGCCACUUGAAGAUCUCUGAUUUUGGGCUAGCAUUCGAUGAUCAUUGGUCCCAUGACGCAGCAUACUAUAACACUCAUCGAUACUCACUGGUUCGAGGACUCGGCAUCAACAUCAAAGGCGAUGAGACAGACCAGAAAAGCAACAAGGACAUAAUGAAACAAUUCGAAUGGUACCAGUCCGUCGUUUCUGGGAUAGACAGACACGGAAGAUAUCCGUUGGCCAAGGAUGGAGAUUUGCGAAGCCUCAUCGGUUGGAGAAAUAGACAUGGGAUCCGCACUGGUGCUCGUUCCGUCGUUGGAACUAGCCAAUACAUGGCCCCUGAAGUCGUUCGUGGCGAGCAGUACGACGGAAGAUGCGACUAG